AUGGAACAAGGUCAAUAUCAUUAUCAUCAUCAGCAACACCAUCAUGGCCGCGAUACGAGUAGUGCGACCGAAGGACAAGGCAGUCAACAAGAACUAAGUUUACAUAGUCAAAUAAAUGAACAACAACGAUAUGCUUCGCAAUCCGUUGCUCAGCCAGUUAAUGUUCAUCGUGCAAGUGAACAAGCAGUUAGCGGCAUACAAGCAACAGGUUCUUUCCAUUCCGUUUCGAGUAUCGAUUCAUCGGCAGAAAUGGCACGAUACUUUCCCGAUCCUCAAACGCCCACUCUAUCACCAUUCAGGCUUGAUAUUAAUCUAUAUCAUCAGCAAAAUGGAGGUCAACAAUUACAACAGUCAGCCACGUCUUCAACGAUCACAACGAACAUUAUCAAUGGAGGCCCGUAUGCACCUGUGCCGGUACCCGCCACUGCCCAACCGGCUCCACGUCAACCCGCUCGAGCACCUGUCAUAGUGCCACAGCAAGUAUCAUCUCAAGGGCCAGCCGCUCCACAACUUCCACCGGGUAUUCCAAGUUUCUCAACCCAAAUCGAAGGAUUAUCCGUGUCACAAGCUAUUGUUAACGAUGUGAUUGUCGAUCUUCAAUCGAAAGUUAUCAAUGAAACUCAACAACAGUACAAUACCGAUCCUAUCAAUGGAAGUUAUCUCGAAACACUCAAUCCUAUCUAUAUUCGAGCACCUAAUCCAACUAUUAUACUUCGAUCAGAUCUUCAUCGUCUUCGUGCUCAGCUGACUGCUCGUCCACCAGGUGUCGUUCGUCCAGUUGCAACUAUCAAUCAAUUCCAACAGAAUAACUUUCAAAUACCAAGUUUCCCGCCGCCUCAGCAACAAACUAUUCCUCCAGAAUGUUACGGCGAUUAUCACAAUAAAACGCAUGUGAAUACCUAG